AUGUCAGAGGCUCCGCCCAAUGUCAGAGGCUUCGCCCACUGUCAGAGGCCCCGCCCACUGUCAGAGGCUCCUCCUACUGUCAGAGGCUCCUCCCACUGUCAGAGGCUCUGCCCACUCACUGUUAGAGACUCCGCCCACUGCCAGAGGCUCCUCCCACUGUCAGAGGCUCCGCCCACUGUCAGAGGCUCCUCCUACUGUCGGAGGCUCCGCCCAAUCACUGGGGCCUAUGCUUUGGGGGCCUGCUUCGGGGCCCCUGAGUCCCCCGCGCCGGCCCUGGACCAGGUGGAGUCUGUCCGGAGCGCGGAGGCGGACCCGGACUUGACCCAGGCCAGCGCGCGUGCGUGUGGCUGUCUGCGCGUGGAUGUCUGCUGCCGCUUUGGACGCGCGGCCAGAGACAGCGGUGUGUUUGACGCGCGGCAGAAGGCGGUGUGUUUGACGCGCGGCAUGAGGCUCGCGGACGGCGGCAUGGCGGCAGGAAAAGGCUCCGAAGGCUCCGUGAAGUGGCAGCUGUGCUACGACAUCUCCGCGCGCACCUGGUGGAUGGUGAGUGCCCAGAGAGUGUGCCAAAGUGUGCGUAAGUGUGCCAAAGAUGUGCCAGCGCGGUGCCAACUGCCGCGCGGUGCCAGCUCUCCUCUCUCCUUGUUCUUUUUUGUCUCCUCUCUCUCUCUCUCUUCGUUCUUGUCUUCUCUAUACCUCCUUCUCUCCUCUCUGUCUCUCUUCUUUCUGUCCAUAUCCUUGUUCUUUCCUUUCUCUUUCCUCUCUCCUCGCUCCUUCUCCUCGCUCCUCUCCUUCUCCUUCUCCUCGCUCCUUCUCCUCGCUCCUUCUCCUCGCUCCUCUCCUUCUCCUCGCUCCUUCUCCUCGCUCCUUCUCCUCGCUCCUCUCCUUCUCCUCGCUCCUCGGAAAGACCGUUAG